AUGUCUUACCAGGGUGACCGAUCAGGUGGCAUCAAUGGAGCCAACGCAGACGACGAUUGGAUGAAUCAGUUUGUGAAUUUGGAUGAGCUCGUUGCCGACUUUGGCGACACUGUUCAGCCACCGCCGCCGGCAGCACCGCCUCAGCCCCCCGUCAACCCCCGGGUCAGACAGCCCCCAGAUAUCCAUCACCAGCCGCAGGAAGAUGUAGUCCCAGUUCUCAACGACGGACCCUUUCCCGCAGCAAGCCAGGCUCAGCCACAGGUGACGGAAGUCUCAGCCCACAACCCCGUGCUUGGUGAAGUUGAAGCAGGCGAGUAUCAGCCACGGGAGAUGAUGGCAACCCCAGUCAUCGACCAGCCACAGGAGAUUGUAGCCACCGCUAUCGAGCAGCCACAAUACAUGGCAGCCCCAAACAUCGACCUCAUGCCUCCUCAAGUCCCAGCAGGAGAGUAUUACGAGCCACAGGAGAUGGCAGCCCCACCCGUCGACCCUCUGCUUUUUGAGGAUGAAGCAAACGUGUAUCAGCCACAUGGAAUGUCGGCCCCAGCUAUCGAUCCUACCCUCUUCCGUGCAGGAAGCCAGACUCAGCCACAGGAGAGUCCAUCCAUCCAGCCUGGUGCCAACUCAGUCCAGAACGAUCUUCAGGCUCUUCAGCCACUUGUCGAGUUCAUCGACCUUACACAGGAUGAUAUCAUCGACAAUACACAGGAUGAGCCACAGCAUUACCCCGUCGCCGCGCCCCCACCUCCCGCUGCUCCAGCCAACGGGGAGGGACCUAGCAACAUCGGAUAUCCUGUCGAGGUCAUCUCUGGCUCCACUCCUGGCGCUAUGGGCAUGCAGCCUCGGGCCACAGGUGGCGGUGCCUUCGACAACCAGCUCCCUGAACCCGCUCCCAGGGUGGUCGGCUACGGUGUCCAGCACGUUGAAAUCACAGCCUCUCGUCCAGCCCGUCGUUCAGGCCAAGCGGUUGCCCAGGCCUCCAACGUCAACCCAGGCCAAGGCCAGCCGCCCCUGCCGCCCGCCUCCCAGCUGGGCCGCCCGGGCACCAGCCACCUCUCUGCCGUGCCAAACCAGACUGCCGGCACCGGGCCCCACUUUGACGUCGAGCAGGGCAUCCUCGGCAUCUACGAGGUUAACCACACGCCCUACCAGCCACGCAUGCCUCCUCGCUCGAUAGUAAGUCCGACCAUUGCAAGUCCCGUGACCUGGCCAGCAAACAAGGGUCACCAGCCCUAA